AUGGACAUUCACCGCUGUCGCUUCGUCCCAUAUCCUCCCCAACCUGUCAACUCCCUCUCUUUCUCACAUCCCUCCGAUCCCAACCACAAAUCGCCCUCCGAUCUACGCCUCGCUGUCGGUCGUAAUAAUGGCGAUCUCGAGAUCUGGAAUCCUCUAAAUGGUAAUUGGACCCAGGAAGUCAUCCUCAAGGGCACGUCAGACACAAUUAUUGAGCAAGUAGCUUGGACCCAGGAUGUCGUUGAUGCUGAUGAGAGCGGACCACUUCGGUUGUUUAGCACUGGGGGGUCUACAUCGGUGAUAGAAUGGGACUUGAACACGGGCGUUCCUAAGCGACAAGUCGAAGGGGACUUUGGAGACAUCUGGUGUUUUGCUGCACAGCCACACGAUAAAUCUCCAGGCGAAGAUCCUGUGCCCUCACAACUACUCGCAGCUGGCUGUAACACUGGAACAAUCGUCUUGUUCACUACUGCAGACAAUGAUUUGCGCUAUGCUCAAGCUCUCCCGCCACCAGCCACCAAGAAACCAAGGGUCCUCAGUCUAACAUGGCGUGAUCGCAACACCAUAGUUGCUGGGUACGAGGACAGCACGAUUCGGGUCAUCAACGUGCCCACCAGGACAAUUAUUCGGCACAUGAGUCUGGGCAAGCCUCUCGAUACUACUAAUAAUAUUGAUUCCCUCGUGUGGACCGUUAAAUGUCUGCCGAACGGAACAAUAGUUUCCGGAGAUUCAUCCGGGGAACUCAAGAUAUGGGAUGCUCACACCUAUUCGCUCGUUCAACGGCUCAAGACUCAUGAUGCUGACAUCCUACAAAUUGCCAACAAUGCCGCGGGAGAUAUGUUAUUUUCACUUGGCGUGGACCGAAGGACCGUCUUUUACAAACCCAUCGACACGAGCGCAUCCCGGAAAACGACAAGCUGGGCUGCGGUCUCUCACAGAAGAUAUCACAAGCAUGAUGUAAAGUGUGCCGCCACUUUCGAGAGCACAGACUUGAGUGUACUCGUAUCUGGGGGUAUGGACGCGACACCAAUUGUAACUCCUAUCAGACGAUCGCAGAGCGAGAAACAUCUUACUCUGUCCCAUCUACCGCAAAGGCCACAAAUAGCAGCAUCAAACAAGUCACGAUUGUUCAUCUCCUGGUGGAAUCGAGAGAUUGCUGUGUACCAUAUAUCUUCGCAGCGAAAUUCAUCACAGAACAUCAUCAAUCACAAUUUACUAGAGCCUGAGGAGCCAGCGCAUGAGCCCCUGACGAAAGUGAUUUUGAAGGGUGAUAAAAAUAUUCAAGAUGUCCAACUAGCCAGUGAUGGUCAGUUGAUGAUUGCCGUUACCAGUGAUCAUACGAAGGUUUUCCAAUUGCGGAAGACCAUUGUGUCUGGAAGACAAGCAAUUCGGACACGUCCCGUUGAGCUUCCACCGUCAAUUGCCCAACGAGGUGGGAGACUAGCCGGCUUCACUCCUGAUGGGAAGUGGCUGUAUAUUGUCCGCAUCGACAAUACGGUUGUCCUGGCUAAGAUCAUAUUGCCAUCGAAUCCAAAGGACCCUGUCACGGUUCAUACCAAGAGCACUAAGCUCUAUCGAGAAACUCGAUCGCAAUCACAAACAUCUCUAGGGAAUUUCCAAAUGACUAUUGCGCAACUGGCAUUCUCCAGUGACAGCCGAAUCCUCGCCGCCGGUGACCUUUCCGGUGCCAUUAAUAUCUGGGUCCUCGAGGGGCAUGAGGAUCUGGAUUUCAUUGAAAGGACUCCUGACCAACUCGACAAUUCUUCAGAUUCCUCAUCGGACAGCUCUUCCGAUGAUGACGAAGAUGAAGACAUUGCUCCAGUAGUCCAUGGCCAGAAGUGGAUUCGCAACCCAUCUGGUUCCAGCUUACCAAAACUUGACUCGGCCAUAUUAGCACUUUCAUUCCGGCCCUCUCUCCACAAAUCACCUCAAUCACCCAAUGCUAAUCUCGGGCUCCACGCAACGCGAAAUAAUCCACAUCCUGUCACUCAUGAAUUCCCAAUAGCGGACGCGAAACUCGUUGCUGUGACGGCAAGCCAUCAACUAAUAGAGUUUGAUGCCAUGUCAAGCACCCUCAGUGACUGGACGCGUCGCAACCCUUCACGGUAUUUACCUUACUCCUUUACACGGCUGAAAGGCCGCGUGACGGGCUGUUUCUGGGAUGUCACCGACCGAGAAAAUCGAGGUGAGCGACUAUGGCUUUACAGCCACAACUAUCUAUGCAUGUUCGACAUGAGUCGGGAUCUGUCGCGGAAUGAAGAUCGAAAGGCUCCAAAGGUCCGUAAGGAUGCUAAGCCCGGAAAGCAAACCACUCUAGGCAAGUACCAAGUCCUAGAGCCCAUCGAGAAUGGUGUACAGCAGACAUCAGAGAAGAGCAAGAACGGUAAAAAGAGACAGAAUCUAUUGGAUGAGGAUACGCCAGAUCAGAGCACACCACACGACGGAAACAAGAAACGACGACGUCACCGCCACGCACACAAAUCCACGGGCGCAGGCGACCAGAUAAUCCCCUCGGAGCGGCCCAGCGGGCUCGGAAGAGACAUCUACAAGUUCAAGAAUGACAGUGGCGAUGAAGAAAUGGUGAAUAUGGACGCUACCAUAGGUGAUGAUGACGACAACAAAGGCAUGCACCAAGCCGAGGCUGACGACCUUCUCGCAGCCAUGCGCCGCCACACCGAUGGCAGCGGGCAAACUAUCGCUGGCGGAACCGAAGGCAACAACACCCAGAAACCCAACGGAAGACCGCAUCACUAUCUGACCACUGCAUAUAACUCGAUCCUGGGGAUUGCCGUGAUCGGACCAGAUCCUGCCUCACCACCACCACAGGAAGCAGUAGCAACAGCAGUGGAUGACGCGGCUAACGCCAUGCCGCCGCCGCCGCCCCAACCCCAGCUCGAAAUCGUCAUCGUCGAACGCGCCAUGUUCGACGUCGACCAAAUGCCGCGCUUUGACAGCGUGCAGAACUGGGACACUUAG